UCAACACAGUAGGCACGGACAAUCAGGAAGAUCUCAACACUGCACUAACGUCCAAUCACUCCCAAGUAUAGCACAUAAACCCCCCGUACAUGCUACCGAGUACUUUCUAAUUUUCGUUUCGCGCCUACCAAACACAUCCAUCUCCCUCCUCCUUUUCAUUUUUCCUUUCAUAUUUUCCGUCAUGUUUCGAAUUUCGCUGCAAUCUUGGAGCCAAAACCAUACGAAAACUUGACCGACCAAUAACUUCACUUUGUCGGAAUUAUAGUAAUAAACAUUAUAUAUAGAUAUCAUAUAUAGAAAUUCUUUCACUUUCCUUCUACCCGACGGAUAGAUCUCCUGAGCACUACGUAGUUCGGAUUUUACAUUCCGUCAAUUCAAUUUAUUUUCCCGGAAAAUCUACUGAUUUUCUUCAGAAAGUUGCUUUAUAACAUUGAAUUGGUGGGCGGAUUCCAAAUUUUCUUUUUCUUUAGUUUUAUCUCGGCUGUAAAGAGUAGGAAUCCGUAUAUCGGUUGAAUCUCACCGGUUUACCGUUCGAAUUUCUGGUUAUAAUUAGGGUUCGCAGCAACUUGCUGCGAAUUGGGGCUGAAUUUACGCCUAAGGGAUAAAAUCAUCGAUCCAGAUUUGCAGAACAAUUAUCCGAAAAUACGAGUGGCGAUUUUAAUUGUCUUUUUUUAUUAAGUUUGAUGUCAAUUAGGGUUUUGUUGGCUCAGAAAGCGAAGUUGUUGAUUUCAAUGAUUGGGUUUUGCUGAUAGAGAAGAUGAUUUUUAAACAGACGCUGAAAUUCGAAAUGGCGAACCUCAAGCGCUGCACGGAAGCAUAUAUUGACGGCGAAGAAGACGACGAGGAUGUCUUUUCUGUGAAUCCGAAAAAGCAGAAAACAAUUGGGUUCAAUUCAAUUCCUCUAAUAAGGGGCUUCGGUGACACUGUUGAAGAUAAUAGCAGCAGCAUCGUGGAUUCUCGUUGCACCGGAGCAGCAGCCUACUAUGCCGGUGCCGUAGAGUUGAAUUCUUCAAACAAUCACAGAGCUUCCAGAGUUAAGAAUCAGACCUCGUCACAGUGGUAUCGUCCUCCGCUGAUUAAAUCUUCACGUGGACGUAUCCAGGUGCUUCCAUCGCGUUUUAAUGACUCUGUUAUUGACGACGAAACUGUAUUGUCCCACAAGAAGAGAACUAAGCACAAGGAGACCAAGUUUAGCUUCCAAAAGCAGAAGUGCAAUGAAGUUUCUGUAAAACCAGAGGAAGCUGAAAUGGGUUGUACAGAAUUCAAGGCUUUGGACACUAAAAUGUAUUCGAGUUCUCAUAGUUCGGUAACAUCUAUUCAUGAAGGAAAUUGUUCGCCCUUGGUAGGGUCUGGUGAGCUUCAACACAGAAUGUUUACAGGCAAAGAUAAUUUUGCAAAGAAGGCUGGAAAUAGAAAGGACUUCUAUAGGCCAGAGGACUUUGGUUUGGGUGAUAUAAUCUGGGCGAAAUCAGGGAAGAAAUACCCAGCUUGGCCAGCGAUUGUGAUUGAUCCCCGACUGGAAGCUCCCAAGCCAGUUUUGAGGGCUUGUGUUCCUGGCACUAUGUGUGUGAUGUUCUUUGGGCAUUCCAAAAAUGGAAGGGAUUAUGCAUGGGUGAAACAAGGAAUGAUCUUUCCCUUCCUAGAGUACUUGUGCAGAUUUCAGGGGCAGACACAGUUAAAUGGCAGCAAGCGAAGUGAUUUUCAAAAGGCAAUAGAGGAGGCGGUCUUAGCAGAACAUGGUUACAUAGACACUGUUCUUGGGAGUGGUCACGAAGCGUCUCCAGUAGCAAAUCAUAGUGAAAUCCAAGAGGUGACUGGUUCCAAUCAAGAUCAGGAAUGCUACUCUCAUAACCAGGCUGCAUUUGAUAAGAAGGAUUCACGGUCCUGUGGCGGCUGUGGCUUGCUUCUGCCAUGCAAAAGAACAAACAGAACAAAGGACUCUGCUUCUGAUGCCCAGCUUUUUUGUGAACAUUGUGUUAAGUUACUAAAAUCAAAACAAUAUUGUGGCAUAUGCAAGAAGAUUUGGCAUCAUUCAGAUGGUGGAAGUUGGGUAUGCUGUGAUGGGUGCAACGUUUGGGUGCAUGCUGAGUGUGCCAACAUUUCUGACAAGCGUUUCAAGGCUCUGGAAGUCACUGAUUAUUACUGCCCUGAAUGCAAUUCAAAGUCUAAUUAUGAAUUGCCAGUUGCAGAAAAAAGGCAGUCAAAUGUCAGUUCUCUAGAAACCAGUGGACAGACAGUGCUGCCUGACAAGAUAGCUGUUGUCUGCACCGGCAUGGAAGGGAUUUAUUUUCCAAGUCUUCAUUUAGUUCAAUGCAAGUGCGGUUCAUGUGGGGAAAAGAAACAAACUCUUGGUGAAUGGGAACGACAUACAGGCUCUAGAGCCAAAAAAUGGAAGGUCAGCGUCAAAGUGAAGGGUUCAAUGCUACCGCUGGAAAAAUGGAUGGCAGAGUAUAACACACAUGGGUUUAAUCCUUUGAAGUUGCAGAAGCAGCAAUUAUUUGAUUUUUUGCAAGAGAAGUAUGAACCUGUUUAUGCAAAGUGGACAACAGAACGAUGUGCUAUUUGUAGAUGGGUUGUAGAUUGGGACUAUAACAAAAUAGUUAUUUGCAACAGGUGUCAAAUAGCUGUCCAUCAAGAAUGUUAUGGAGCAAGAAAUGUUCAGGACUUCACUUCAUGGGUUUGCAGGGCAUGUGAGACUCCUGAUUUUGAGAGAGAAUGUUGCCUAUGCCCUGUAAAAGGGGGUGCUUUGAAGCCAGCCGAUGUCGACACCCUGUGGGUUCAUGUAACAUGUGCAUGGUUUCGGCCUGAAGUUGCUUUCCUAGAUGAUGAAAAAAUGGAACCUGCCAGUGGACUUCUUAGAAUUCCGUCAAAUUCUUUUGUAAAGACAUGUGUAAUCUGCAAGCAGGUUCAUGGAUCUUGCACACAGUGUUGCAAGUGCACCACUUAUUUUCAUGCAAUGUGUGCAUCAAGAGCGGGAUACUACACGGAAUUGCAUUGCUCGGAGAAGAAUGGGAAAGAAAUAACCAAAUGGGUAUCAUAUUGUGCUGUUCACAGGGUCCCAAACCCAGAUAAUGUUCUUGUUGUAGACACUCCUUCAGGGGUUUUCUCUACCAGAAGCUUGCUUCAAAAGAAGAAUCAUGCACAGUGUUUUAGGGGUUCAAGACUAGAUUCAUCUAAGAGAACAGAACUUGCUGGUUCAUCAACUGAUCCUAAUGAGUGCGAACCACGCUCUGCUGCAAGGUGCCGCAUCUUUAAAAGAUCAAACAACAAGAGGGCUGGAGAAAGGCCAAUAUUCCACCGACUGAUGGGGCCAAGUCAUCAUUCCUUAGAUGCGAUAGAUUGCUUAAGCUCAUACGAAGAAGUUGAAUAUCCAAAGACUUUUUCUACAUUCAAGGAAAGACUUAACCACUUGCAGAGAACGGAAAAUAAUCGGGUUUGUUUUGGUAAAUCUGGAAUACAUGGAUGGGGCCUUUUUGCACGCCGGAACAUUCAAGAAGGAGAAAUGGUUCUUGAGUAUCGUGGUGAGCAGGUGAGGCGCAGCGUUGCAGAUUUGAGGGAAGCACGCUAUCGGUUGGAAGGCAAAGAUUGCUAUUUCUUCAAGAUCAGUGAGGAAGUUGUAAUUGAUGCCACAAACAAGGGGAAUAUAGCACGCUUAAUCAAUCACUCAUGCAUGCCCAACUGCUAUGCAAGGAUCAUGAGCGUGGGUGAGGAAGAGAGCCGGAUAGUUCUCAUAGCAAAGACUAAUUUUUCUGCUGGUGAUGAGUUAACGUAUGAUUACUUGUUUGAUCCCGAUGAGCGUGAUGAAUCUAAAGUACCCUGCCUGUGUAAAGCUCCUAAUUGCCGGAAAUUUAUGAAUUAGAUUACCAGUAGGGAAAAAAAAAAAAAAAAUCUAUAGCCAAUAUUCCUCUGUUGGGAGCACUGAACCAUCUCCCAACAAAUGAGGAUCUCAAUUUUUUUUUUUUUUUUUUAUUAUUAUUUUUUUUAUUAUCAUAAUGAGCUUGUAAUUUCUUUCAUACUACCAUUUGUAAUCUUCUGGUUGCAAAUAAAAUGUAAAAUCACCGGUGUCUGGCUGGUAUUUUUUUUCUUCUUCAAGGUUUUGCUUCUUGUA